UACUCGACCAGUCGGUGGUUCUGUUCUGAGAAAGGGUUUCCCUACGUUAGUGACUCAUUCGACGUGUUUUUCUCGUUAAGGUCGGGUUAUUUUCUACUUCUCCGAUAUUUUCAUAACGUAAAUAAUACGAGCCUCUUUGAUAAAACUGAAAGUGUAUAGUUUUUUUAUGUAAUAACGAAAUAAUACAGCUGUUUUCUAAAGUUUAGUCGAUCAAGGUUAACUUGAUUAAUAAAUAAAACAAAAUGAAGUCUGAUCUCAGCGAUGGCAUGUCAAAUCAUUCGGAUUUCUCAAAUGAUAGCCAAAAUUCUGUUUCCACUGCAGAGUUUUUGACCAAUAUGGGAAAUGGAGUUAUCUUAACCCAAUCCAAUUUUAUAUCUCUCGAAGGUCUCAAUUCCGGAGUCCCGACCCGAACUACGCCUACAUUGACUCCGACCACGUUACGAAACAUAGAACAAACAUUUAUCGAACUUCAAUCAAAACCAGAAAGUCACGAAAAUGAAGCGGGAUUCGUACCACCUUUAGUGCAUUCUAUUGGGCACAACCAGUACAUCUCAGCUUCAGACGCCGACAGCUUUUCAUCGAAAUCCCAGCCGACUUGGCACAGCAACUUAUCUCAAUCUAGCUCGGAUUGUGACACUCGUUUAACUCCACCAUUGUGUCAGAAAAACUCUACUAGCAGCGGACAAUCCCGUAGAAAUAUGGGAGGAAGAAAACCCACCAAAGAUCUCAACUGUAGCCCCGAAGAAGAAGAAAGGAGAAGAAUUCGAAGAGAAAGGAAUAAAGCAGCAGCCGCUAGGUGCAGGAAAAGAAGAGUCGAUCAUACAAAUUCAUUGAUAUCAGAAACUGAAGAUCUCGAACAAAAAAAACAAAAACUCCAAGACGAAAUGCUAGAAUUACAACAAAUAAAAGAACACCUAGAAUUUCUCCUCGAUACCCACAAAGUGUCGUCGCAGUGUCGUUUGAAUACGCAGAGCCCCCCGGACAUCAAACCAUACAACAACAAUCACUACACCCCCGAACGCGUUAAAACUGAAUACAUAGAACCAAUGAACGACAUAUUCUUACUUCCUAGCCCUACGAAAAAAAUAAUGUUUUCAACAGUGCCAAUAUCGAAACCUACUAGACCCAAUACCCUCAAUGUAGGAGCCACAGCACCUAAAACAGUUUCAGAUAUACUCGGUGGACCGAUAUCCACACCUUCCUCUGGUUUAUUGUUCAAUUUUGAAUCUCUAAUGGGCGGGGGUACUGGACUAACACCCGUUUCAGUAGCUACACCUUUAGUGCCAUCUUGUAGUACGCAGCAGAGAAAUAUUCCGGAAUCAUAAUACUUACGAAAAGCUUAGAUGAAAACAGUCAAAGUUGGACGGUUUAUUCAAAAAUAAAUAAAUAAGUAAAUCAAAAAUUUGAACGACCUGUGGAAAAAAAUGUUUUUAGCGUCCGAUCCAAUUACCAUGUUUAGUCGUAUCCGAACUUAAACCAAAAAAUAUUUAUUGCUAAGAUUAGUGACAAUUUUUAAGUCUGUACAUUAAUUUAUUUUUAAACAGUUAAUUUUUUUGUUAGGUUUUUCUCUGUGGACAAAUUCGCGCGGAUACAAACAAAAAAAGACCGAAUGGUCAAAGUUUUUGUUUGUAUAAAUUAGAAGAGGGCGGGAAAUUUAAAUAAUGUCUAAAUACAACGAAAAUAUAAAUAAGACGAAAAGAAUUUUUUUAUAGACAUUCCUCGAGGCAUAUAUGUAUGAAAUUUGAUAAAUUAGUUUACACAUCCUGUCCUCUGGUAUAAAAGAAAUGUUAUUUUAUAAUAUUUGUUGAGUUUCACAGGUUUUAACCUCAAUUUUUUGUAUAUAAGUGCUAAACAUGGACCAAUAUUACUAAGUGCUCAAAGAAACCCAUACUUUUAUUACGCUCCAACCCACAUUCUUUAUAAAAUUGUCAUUUCUAUCACUAUAUGAAAAUCACCAAACAUUAAAUUCAUCGCUAUCCAACUUUGAACUAAACUAAAUAAUAAUCGAAUACAAAUUUAAAUAAAUUUUUCAACUCCUUUGCCUCCAUGUUUACGUAAAACAACUAUUGAAAAGAGGAAUGAUUAAUUAUAAACACCAACAUUAUUAUUUUUAACUUGUGCUUGGUAAUUCCACUCUAAAUGGUCAUCUUAGCUAAUUUUACUCCAUGGUAUUGUCUUUGAAAAUCAAUUGUUUGAAAAUACAAAUUCAUACCAUCGGAAUGGUAUGAAACUAUCCCCAGUUUUAACCUCAAAAGACUUUAGAAUUUGAUUUAAUCUAGCAACUGUAGUUCCACUGCUCCUUCCAUAAAAAUAAAAUUUCCUCUAGGAAUUUUCUUGUAAAAAAACAUGAUCCGGUUAACUUUGUCUGCUCUAAUGUGAUAAUGAUUUAGCAUUUAUUAUUUAUGUGAUUAGAAAUCAUUGAAAAACGUUGCUCCCUCUAAUAAUAAAUCCAGUUUCCAUGUUUCUUCCAUAAAACUAUAUCUUACUUUACAAAUUUGAACUUUUGAUUUAUUUCAAGCAAAUUAUACCUUUUAUUGUGAAGGAACUUCCUGUUAUUUGCUUUAUUGGUUCAAAAUCACUCACACCAGUAAUAGUUUCUUUUUUCAUCAUAGAAGUGAUACAAUCUUAGAAUCUGAUUUUAUUUAUUCGAAUAGAUAUUCAAUUCCAGUUGAUUACAUAUAUCCUCAAUUCAACUUUCUCAAAUGGCUGACACUGAUUUGUUCAGAUGUUACCAAAAAACUGUUGAUGGAAACUAAAGAAAAUAAAUUGAAUUUCUAUUUGUUUUUAGUUUUGUAUAUAUGUAAACCGACCUUAUAUUAGGUUCCGUAGUAUUCCUCAUCAAUUCGUUUUACUUGUUAUUACCAAUUUUAUGAUAUCCGAUACCAGUUUCCUUUUUGGGAUCCUCUUUCAGUCACCUAGCUGUAUAAAAUUUCUUUGAUUUGUUUUAUGAAUUAACAUCAGUUUGAAUCAAAUGCUUUUUCCACCUUAUAGACCUAAAUUAGUAGUAGGGGCUUUUUUGACUAACACAGUGAUAAACAAACUAUUAAAUAAUAAGUACUGACUAAAUAAGGGAUUUAUUUGUAAUGUCUAUUAUAGUUAUACUAAUUUUGAUCCAAUUUUAACUAUAAGAAAGUAAUUAUUUAUCGGAUGUAGUAUUUUUGAUACUUUCAGUAUAAUUUACCAUUUUUAAAAAUGGUAUUUACCGAUAAAAAUGGCAGUAAUUAAUUUUUUCUUUUUUGGUUUUAGAUAGGACUUUCAACGUCCAAUAGAGAAAUCAUCCUUCCUGAUCGUAAUUGUUUCUUUAACUUCGAUUUUUAAUAAUUGAAAAAUCCCUAGCGAUGAAAAUUUAUAAAACUUGGUGAUUUUCAAUAACUUUAUACAUAAUAUAUAUUUUGUGAUAGUAAUACAAAGUGAUGUAUUUGUUUCGAGAAUGUAAUAUAUAUAUUUUGCUACGAAACCAUGAAAUGCCUUUUUUUUAUAUAUAUAUAUACACACAUAAAUAUAUAUAUAAAAGAUUCAUAAUAUAUAUUUUCAAUUAGCAAAAAUAUUCCCUCCAUUUAAAUUUUUCAAAUGAAUUUAAGGAUAUAUAAUAUAUAUUUUUUGAUAUAGGAGUGCUUCUCAAAUAAAAGCAAGUUUGUGUUAUUAAUUAUAGGAAUUUUAACGUUGAGUUGCAGAAAGCCUACUUAACAUUCGAGUGAAUUUAUUAUUAUUAUUAUUAUAUAUGAUGUUAAGGGGACUUUUUAUAACUUGUUAUAAUAACGUUAAUCGUGAACUAUGAGGCUAUUUGAGAUGCCCUGUUCGUUUACCAUUAGAAUUUUUCUAAACAUACUUUUUUUGCAAUAAAGCGCUUCUCAAAUAGCCUCGUACUUAUUUUCUAAAUAAAAUUAUAUAAAAUUUAAUAUAUUGAUACUAUAUUUUCAGUAUAAAUAGCAAUAUUUAAGAUUACAUUUUUUGUAAUCAGUCAAUUUUAUAAAAGUAGUUUUUGUCAAAGUUUUGUAUUUAUUUGCUGUAAUGCUAAUUAUAAGAAAUACACUUACUAUUUUCUAAA